AUGGACGGUGGCACCACAUUGGACAGCAGCCGAAAUGGUCGGGUUGCCGUAUUUGAGCGUACUUCUAGACCUUCCUUGGGUAUUCCUCCAGACUUCGAACUUGCAAAAACCGCUUGGAACUCGUCGAGUCGCAUAUGGGGAACUGGAACGUUCAUUGAUACAGGGCUCGAUGGCGAGCCCACAAGACGUAUGUCUUAUGGGUUAUCUCCAGAAGAAAGUCGAUCUGACGUCUUUCCAGCCUCGCCAGUGCGUCAACUCUCAUCGGGUGGGUUUGGCCAAGCGAGAAACAUGACCAACUCGAUUCUUUCACCAGUCGAUGUUACCGAUGAAAACAAUAUACAACCCAAAAUGUCAUGGAAUUCCAUGUCGGCAAAUGUCGGGUUUGUCUCACGGCCCAAAGGCCAGCCUCUCUCGCCUACGAAGUACGCCCAGAAUCAUGGACUAGCCUCCUUUGGACCCUCCAACGGCACUUUUGAAUCCUCAAGUCUUUUUGCUGGCAGUGCACCUGAUACUGAAGACAUACCAGCUGACUCUCAAUAUUCAUAUUCACGUAACCAUCGUCCUCUCGACCCAUCUAAUCGCCUGGUUUCUGGGACACGUCCCUCAAACCCAGAGCCACAUCGAUCUGAGCAUCAACCCAGUACCGCUAACUCUGGAAAACACUUUGGAAAUGAUCCAUUCAGUCCCGGACAAAGAUUUGAAAACGAACUGCAUCACUCAAACAAUCUUGUCAACAUGGGCAAUGCGACCAGCAUGGCCCCUGCCGUCGGCCACAAUUUCCAAUUAGUCAAACCUGGAGUUCUACAACAUUCAUCCAGCGGCUCCAAUCCAUACCGAGCUACGCCUCCAUCAGUCCCAACCUCCGAAGGCCGCGUCCUACCCGCACAGCAGAUCGUUUCUUAUUCGCCGUCUACGCAAGAGUAUGCUGAAGUUUCUCACUCAUUAUCAACGGUAGCCUUCAAUGGAGUUCAAGAACAUGCUGGAUCGAUUCCCGCUCGCCGAACCUCGAUGUAUCAAUCACAGUACCGAGAUGGAAAUGUCACACAGAAUCGGACUUUGGGUCAGAUGAAUCUGCAUCUCUCCAAUUCGGAGUCAAAGUAUCAUCAACAUCAAGCUCACUUGAAUAGGCCAUCCACUUCCCGGCUCGAUCCUCUUGCUGCCCCACAUUACCCUCUGCCCUAUUCUGGCCGUGGAUCGUUGUCACCCAUGGCAAUGGAAUAUCGAAGUAACAUCCACAGCCCAUACUAUUCUGCUACUGGCACGCCUCCGACCGGACCUGAAUCGGUUCGUAGUACUCUAGCAAGUGGCGCUUCCAGUCGAACAUCGCACAAUGACCAAAUGUUGCUUGAUCAGAAAUUACGCAACCUCGACACAUACCAUUACGAUCAGAAUCCGUUCACAAUGACAUCUUUGCAGCAUCAAUUGCAUCAAGUUCAGCAAUAUGAGCUUUCAGGUCAAAGCCUUGCUGUACGUUUGAACCCACAUGCACAUUCCUAUGCCGGUCCAAAUUAUGCGCAGCUUGGUGGGUACCCCGUGGUCUCACGACACUCGGGUCGGGUUAUCGAUAAUCAAGCAGCUCGAAGCCCGGUCCUAGAAGAGUUUCGAAUGAACAGCAAGACGAACAAAAGACUGGAACUCAAGGACAUCUAUAACCAUGUAGUAGAAUUCAGUGGAGAUCAGCACGGCUCACGCUUCAUUCAGACCAAGUUAGAAACUGCCAACAGCGAUGAAAAGGAACAAAUUUUCAAGGAGAUUCAGCCAAACCUACUCCAGCUGAUGACAGAUGUUUUUGGAAACUAUGUGAUUCAGAAGAUGUUUGAACACGGUAAUCAGUCCCAGAAGAAGGUGUUGGCGAACCAGAUGAAAGGUCAUGUGUGGACUCUAUCUACGCAGAUGUAUGGGUGCCGUGUGGUGCAAAAGGCUUUUGAAUACGUGUUGACUGAUCAGCAAGCGACUUUGGUGAAAGAACUCGACGGGCCAAAUAACCAAAUAUUGAAAAUUGUCCGGGAUCAAAACGGGAACCAUGUGGUUCAAAAGGCCAUCGAGCGGAUCCCGGGGGAGCAUAUUCAAUUCAUUGUCGACGCGCAUCGUGGUCAGAUGAUGAAGAUGUCAACGCACCAGUACGGCUGUCGGGUGGUGCAGCGAAUGCUUGAGUACUGUCAACCUCAGGUUAAACGAGUCAUUCUGGACGAGCUCCUUCAGAACAUUCAGCCACUGAUCCUUGAUUCGUAUGGCAACUAUGUCGUUCAACACAUCAUUCAGAAUGGUGAGCCGCAUGAUCGAAGAUUUGUUGUGGAUUAUGUGCUCAAACAACUUCUCAACUUCUCCAAGCAUAAAUUCGCCAGCAACAUAGUGGAGAAAAGCAUUGACUACGCAGAUGAGGAUCAGCGUGCUGAGAUAUUGCGUCAGCUGACGAGACCGGAUGAAUUGGGCUCGACUCCAGUACUUGGCCUGAUGAGGGAUCAAUUUGGCAAUUACGUCUUGCAGAAAGUCCACGCACAACUAGGAGGUGCUGAGCUCGUCGGGCUGGAAGCCGACAUGAAGCAGAAUUACCCUCUUCUCAAGCGAACAAGCUAUGGCAAGCAAGUCGGAGCGAUUGAAAAACUCUUGUUUGGAGGCAAUGGGCCUUCAACUGCCAGUGCGAGUGAGGGUAGUCAAGAUUCAACAGACCCAAGCACCAAGACAAGUAGUACUACUGCCGAUACUCCGGACACUCCCACUCGUACAUCAGAGGGCAAGUAA